AUGGAAGGGUUAGCGGCUGCUGGUGGAGUCAUUACCGACGCAGAAGAUGCUCCUAUAGAACUCCGGUUGCUUGUUGACGAGCUUUCUAUCAUAAAGAGAAUUUUCACAAAGUUUGACGCCUCAAUACCUGAUCACCCCGAACGUCUUGCUGCUUUGGACUUUUGCAAUGAGUCAAUUCACAAACUACGAGAUGUGGUCGAUAGAUACGGCAUCUUGACAGGCACUGGAAAAUAUAAGAAGUGGGGACCAAGGCUCGCAUUGGCUCUCAAUACUAGUAAGAUCUUGAAGCAAUUGAAUCGUCUAAGAGAAGCCAAGGGGCAUCUUGAGUAUUUGCAUAUAUCCUUUACAAAAUCAAAAUAUAAUGAAAUGAAAUUCAAGAUAGAAAAUCUGCGGGACUUGAUCCAACAACUCUAUUCGUCCAAUUCGCAGAUUUCCGCAAUUGUCGAUUAUUCGCACGCGAAAGUAGAUGACAUUGCUAGUAAAGCCAAGGAGACAAGACUCAUUUUACAAAACAUGGCAGACAGAUUGUAA